AUGACAGCACAUCGGGCUCAAGGACAAACACUGUCCGCCGUAAUUGUUGACCUCCAAUCUUGCAGAGGCUCUGAAGCCCUCUAUGUCAUGCUGUCCCAUGUUACUUCGAUCAAGGGACUGUUGAUUUUGAGAUCGUUUUCCAGAAACAAAAUAACCUGCAAUGUAUCGGAAGAUUUGAGAGUAGAAAACAAACGACUGAGGGAGAUUGUGCUAGAGACCACUGUUUGGUGCAGUACCAAUGUCAUUGAGACCCAAGCUGCCAUUGACAACUUGGCCACCCAACAAGAUCCUGUGAGCAGAUGCACAACCCGUGAUUUGAAAAGGCAUGCCUCUCGAACCAACCACAUUGAUGCACCCCUUUCAGAGUGA